AUGACACAGCCCAGCGUUAUGAAGGAGGUGGUCAGUCACCUACAAGGUCGCCAGCACCGGAUCGCCUUUUUCACGGGUCUGCAGCCCAACAUUGAGGAGAUGCCAGCGGGCCAACGCGCCAUCAUGUCGCAUGUGGUGACCAAUGUAGGUGGGGCGUAUGACCCCCAGAAGGGUCAAUUUUGCGCUCCUGUCGAUGGUGUCUACUCCUUUGUGGUGGCCAUCUCCGCCCAGGGAAGGAAGCAGGCAGCCGUUCGACUGAUGCAUAACAACAACCACAUUUUCGAUGUUUGGAGCGACAGUACUCCCUGGUCCACGGCCACAAAUCAGGCAAUUUUAAUGAUGAAAAGGAAUGACUGUGUCUGGUUGCGACUCCGAGAAUCCGCCUUCUACCUCCACGGCUACAUGUACUCCACGUUCGCGGGCCAUCUGCUCUUCGAAUACAACGCUGAUCAGGAUUAG